AUGGCGCAGCCGACGAUUGAUAUCUACGCGCCUAUUCCGUUUAAAUCGAAACAACUCUCCCAAUCCAAAACAACAACCACCUUCUCCUCCACCGCACCUUUCACACCCUCCUACGUGAUCUCCUCGCUCACCCAAUCCUCCGAUCCCACCUCUCUCUAUAAUGCGCGUGUCAAAGGAAGGCAGAUCUUGUUGGAGAAUCCGGCGAGGGAGUCGAGGUUGAAGAAGGAGGAGGUGAGGAAGGGGGAGGUUAGGAGGAGGGAGAGGGAGAGGAGGGCGAGGAUGGGUGGGAGUGGGAUGGGUGGGAAGGGGAGGAGGGAGGAGAGGGGGUUGUGGAAGGCGGGGAACCUCAAGUUCGCGAGUCUGGUACCCCUACACCACCUCUGGUUAGGCUACAUGUCUGAACUACUCAACCUCCCUCAACCACCCACGUCUAGUAUUCGACCCUCGACGUUGGCGAAAAUGGCACCCCCGUCCUCCUCAAUGCAUCCAAAACUCCUCAAAGCGGAUUUCCACGGAGCCUUGCUAAAGGUGAAGAACGCGAAGAACCCGUGUUUGGUGGGGCUGGAGGGGAUCGUGGUACACGAGACUGAGAAUGCGUUUAAAGUCGUUACGGAGAAGAAUGCGGUUAAAUUGAUACCAAAGCAAAACUCGAUUUUCACGUUCUCGGUACCGUUGUUCUCUACGCUACCGCCGGGGUUCAGACCUGGGAUGCCGUAUCCUGUGCCUCAGCUCGAUACUACUCAGCCUACGGCUACGACUACGUCCACCAACGAUCCCUCCAACACGCCCAGUGCGUCCAAUAAUACGUCCAUCACUUCCAACAACGCCGACCCUCCACCGUCAGAUCAACCGUCCUUCGUACCAUCCCCAACCCAAACAGUCUCCUCAGUACCCAACCUCUCCUUCGAAUUGUACGGAAACCAGUUCAGGUUCCGCUCUACCGACAGGGCGGGACGCAAGUUCAAGCAUAAAGAGACGAUCGAGUUGUAG